UUGAUCAAUCUGCGGCAUGAACCACCACCACCACCGCUACCACUACCACUACCACGGCGGGACUGCGGCCACAUGACAUUCAUCCCUUACGUCCCCCGCACGUUGGUCGGCACUCUAAUCCCCAAGUACCUGGUAAUAAUUAGCCGUACAAUUUCUGCUCAAGCCGCAGUUAGCAAUGCUAACUUCAACCCCAUCCCACGACCGCCAAACCAGCCCACUGAAGAUUAUGCAAAAACCAUAGCAACCCAAAUCUCAAAGUGCACUAAUUUGAAACAGCUUAACCAAAUCCACGCUCACAUCACGCGCACCCACUUUUUAGCAUUGUACCCAGUUUCAUUUCAUUAUAACAAUCUAAUGAGAUCGUAUGCCAAUCUAAAUUCACCCGUAAAGGCUCACCAUUUGUUUGUUGAAAUGUCCCGAGCUGGUAUUACAGUAGACACAUUUACACUACCAAUUGUACUAAAAUCCGUGUCCCAAUAUUUUGAUUCAUCGAUGUUAAGACAGGUUCACGGGAUGGCAAUUAAGUUGGGGCUAGAGAAAAAUAUGUAUUGUGAGAGUGGGUUGAUAAGUUUGUAUUGUAAGGCGGGUGAGUUUCGAAACGCCCAUAAAUUGUUUGAUGAAAAUACCGACAGGAAGUUGGGUUCCUGGAAUGCUUUGAUUGCUGGCUUGUCACAAAGUGGGCGUGGGAAGGAAGCGAUAAGGAUGUUUAUGCAAUUGAAAGAAUGUGGGUUUCAGCCUGAUGAUGUUACGAUGGUUAGUGUAACUUCUGCUUGUGGAGGUUUAGGGGAUGUGAAUUUAGCACUUCAGUUGCAUAAAUGUGUGUUUCAAGCAAAAAGUUUGGAAAAGUUGGAUUUGUUGAUGAUGAAUUCACUUAUUGAUAUGUAUGGAAAGUGUGGUAGAAUGGAUUUGGCUAACAAGGUGUUUAUGAAGAUGGAAGAAAGAAAUGUGUCAUCCUGGACAUCUAUGAUUGUCGGCUAUGCAAUGCAUGGGCACGUCAGGGAUGCACUAGAGUGCUUCCAUGAUAUGAGAAAUGCUGGAGUGAAGCCUAACCAUGUAACAUUUGUUGGAGUGUUGAGUGCAUGUGUUCACGGUGGGAGGGUGCAGGAGGGAAAACAUUAUUUCAAGAUGAUGAAGAAUGAGUAUGGGAUUGCUCCCAUGUUGCAACAUUAUGGAUGCAUGGUGGAUUUGCUAGGCCGGGGAGGUUUACUUGAUGAAGCUAGGGUCAUGGUGGAAGAGAUGCAAAUGAAACCUAAUGUGGUCAUUUGGGGUUGUUUGAUGGGUGCCUCUGAGAAAUAUGGAGCUGUUGAGAUGGGAGAGUGGGUAGCUAAGCACUUGCUUGAGUUGGAACCUUGGAAUGAUGGGGUAUACGUGGUUUUAUCCAAUAUCUAUGCUAGUAAUGAUCUGUGGGAAGAGGUAGAAAGAAUAAGAGGGAUUAUGAAGGAGAGAAAACUGGCUAAGAUUCCAGCUUAUAGCUUAUCCACUAGCACUGGUUGAAAUCCACUAGAUUAGCAUGCAUUGGUUUUCUUUUAAUUUAUCCUUUUAUCAGAUGCAGUUUUAAUUGGACUAUUUGUGAUUAACUGACUUUCACAAAUCUGAACUCUUCUCGCCAUGCUUCUGUUUACUUGCUAUUUGUCCCGUGAGUUUUUUCUAGGAGAUGUUAGAUUUUGGAUAAGGACAAAGGAGAGCAAGACAAAAUAAAGUUGAAGCUCCUUGUAUACGGGACAUAAAUAUGAAUUGCCAGCAUUCAUCCUCAUACAGCUGGUUUCUUGAUGCCAUGAAGUUUCUGGGAGAUCUUAGAUGGACAGCAUGCAGAAAGGUUAUUUCUGGUCUUGCAGCUGGAAAACAAUGCUAACAUGUUCAGUUCUAGGUCUGACUUACUAGCAUUUUGUUCCUCCUAGACCAUGCGUGGGUAAACAGUGUUGGAUCACAUGAUUUAUUUUCUGCCUUUGCUUCUCUUCUAUUCCAGUUGUUUCAAAUGAGCAUCAUUAAUACGCAUGAUUGAUAACAUUGGAUGCAGAUUGAAGCAGUUCAAGUUGUCAAGAUGUUAACACUGUGAAUGUACAUUGAUUGACUUAAAAAUAUUUCGUAUUUAUAAUAUCUUUGAACAGGGAAUUUUCUCCACCUGGUAGAGAAUGAUAUACCAUGUUGUAUAGGCAUUGGAAAUAAGUAUAGCCCAGGUCAGGGAUAAGUAAAUUCCAAAAAUGAUUUCAAAGUAGAUCAUGGAUGAAAUUUGGAGUGAUAUGAUAUAGAGAUCGUCUCUUAUCAUUUCAGGUUUUAUUUCUGAUUGUUUGGUUGUGAGCGAGUGCUUAAUUUACCGAGUAUUUAUUAUUUUGGUUUUGUCACAGUUACGCACUGACCACCCUGCAACAUUCACAAGUCUGCUGACGUUUUUCUGUUUCUUGGUCUUGCUGUGGUUGCCCCUUUUUACAUUAAUCCUUGUCAAGGGAACUGUUAGAGCUUGUUUCAACUCUGAUGUUGAAAGCAUAUCAACUCCAAGGAUAUGAGCCUGGAGAUGUAUAGCUCAUUAUUGAUUGGUUAUACUGGCAAUUAGAUGGGCUAUUAUUUACUUGGCACCCAUGUUUUGGCAUAUCUAAGCAUUUUAUACUUGAGAACAAAGAAUAGAGAAACUCAUGUAAGAAUGAAGACGAGUGAUUUCUUAGGUGUACAAAAGUAUGUUUGUGAAACACAUGUUAACUAUGGCUAUGUCAAGUUAGUGUUCUUAAUUAGUACCAUCCAUAAAUGACUGGACAAUGUAACUCAUGUAAAUAUUACAAGAUGUCAACUUGAUAUAUGAACACAGUUGAAAGUCUGAAUUCUGUUUAUCAUGAGAUGUUUGUAAAUUACAAUUCAAGUUGUUGGAGGUCCAUUAAUUAUGUCAGAUUUAGUAUCUUUACUUCUUUGCUCAUGUUUUUCCUAUCUGCCUCUAUUCAGCAUUUAUUCCCAUCACUUGGUUUGCGAGGUUUCUUCCCUUUAGGGCCAAUGAUGUUCAAAUUUAUUUGGGGCACAUCUGGGGAGAUUUCCACUUUUCUAUUUUUCCAGCUUGUUUAACAUUUUUCUGGGAAAUGAGUCUAUGCACCGUUAUUUCCUUGGCGUCUUGCAUUACUUCCUAUUAUGGUUAAGAAGCUAAAAGGCUUCUUUGUCUUGACCGAAUUGUUAAAGCUUAUUAACUAGAAAACUGCCCUUCUAUGUCAAUGAAUAUGACUGUAAGGUCCUAGUCUAUUGCAUUUUUUUUUUUCAUGGCAUGUAUUUCUGCAGAUGUAAAGUGAAAUAGUGAAGACAUGAUCCAGCUGACCUUGGCUGGUUUUUUGUGAAGUUAAAAUUCAACUUUGGCUUGUCUAUAUGCUGCACUUGAAGUAUCACAGCAGCUAUAUUUUCUGGACAUGGAAUAUGAAUCUUGAUGAUCAGCUUAAAAUAAUGUUGGGUUCCAUUUGCUAUGGCAUGAAUCUUUUAGUUCAGAGCAAGAGGCAAAUAAGCAGUUAUAAUCACUGCAUUUGGCAAGUAGCAGGUCAAAUAGAUUGUCUUCUGGAGAUAGCCAUUUGAUAAUAUUAGAUUUUGAUAAUAA